UUAUUUUAAUUUCAAUCCUGAUUUUGCUGUCAUGUCUUCCAGCUCUUAUAUGCGUUUCUUGAAUGAGGUCUUGCAAAAUGCAAAGGCACAUAUGAAAGAUGGCAUCCCUGCUUUGGGUGUGCCUCCACUUGAUCCUCUAGAUAUUGGAAAGCUUGCUUUUGAGGAAGGUACUUCUUAUGUAAAUUUCAAAGCAUACUUUCGUGAUGUUGCAAUCCACGGGUUCUCAGCAAUUAAUAUUAGCAAAGUAUCAUUUAAUCCAGCAACACUUGAAGUCUCAGCCACAGCUGUUGUGAAAACCCUCAAGGUCACUGGUAAAUACAAGCUCAAUGGCAUGGCAAUCUUUGUCGUACCACUGGAAGGCAAUGGAGACUUCACAGUAAAAGCUGACACAGUUUCUGUGAAUAUUAAAAUGAAAGUCGGCAACAAUUUUGGCAUAGAUUUAAUGAAGACCAAAAUGGAAGUGGAAAAAAUUGGCUUUGAUUUCAAAAGUGUUCAUGCAGAAUUAACAGGCCUUGAAGGAGGAGGGAAUCUUGAUAAGACUCUCAAUAGUCUGAUCAACAGUAUUGGUGGACGAGUAUUUAAGCAUGUAGAGCCAGUCUUAUCAGGUGCUAUGGAACAUCAGUUGCAAGCUCUUAUAAAUGACGAAUUGAAGAAACUACCAACUGCUGGUAAUGCAAUGGCAGAUAAACCUCCCAUCAUGGCAAAAGCUUUCUGCCGUCCACAGUUUGACCUGAUCAGUGAGAAAGCAAACACUGGUAACAUGGACAGCGUCUUUGAUAAAAUACUUGCAAAUGUCAAUUUUAAGUUAUCACAAGGUUACGAUCCAUGGAAAGUAGACCAAGAUGCUGAAACUUCAUUCAGUAAAAGUAUCAGCAGUGGUAUACCUUUCAUGCCUGAUAUUCACAUUGGUGGAAGUGCAAGGUUUCACGAUAUUCAGAUUUUCGGACUCUCGCAUCUUGUUCGUACCGGGCCAGUUACCCUUUCAGUUUCUCCACCUUCGCUAGCUUUCCAAAUUGGUGUGGCUGGCUCUGUUCAUGGUGGUGGGGAUUGGUCAGCUUCCUUGACUCCUAUUCAUAUUUCGGGAUCUGGGAGUGUUAGCAUCGGUAACUUCAGCAUUGGCGGAAAGAUCAAAAUAUCGAACAAGAAAGGAAAAAUAGAGAGCAUCGGGUUUAGUUCAGAUCCCGAUGUACAUGUUGAUAUCUCUGGUCUUGGCCCUCUCUCUUGGAUAGCCUCGCAGUUCAUGGAUGCAGCUGCAAAAGUCAUUUCUCCUUGGUUAAAUGAUAUUGUGAUGCCCAAGGUGACGGAUGUGCUGCAAAAUGAGCUGGACAACGUUGAGCUCCCUUUCUAAUAAAGCAUGAUUGAACAGAUUUUUGUUUAGCACUAUGAAACAUCUAGACUAGUUAUUAGUUUUAGUUAUCAAUACUGAAUUUAUAAUAGAUUUAGAAUUUUUUUCAGUAGCUAUUGUGCAUGCAAAGAGCAAAUUCAUCUUCUGCAUGUUCUCUUACACUGAAA